AUGUGAGAUGAGUGACAGUAAGUCGCGUCAGUUCAUUCAUUGCAGGAUACACUAUUUUCAGUUGUUUGCAGUACCGCAACGCAAAGGUAAAUACAUACAUAGCUAAUCAAAAAAAUAAUCCGUUUGACAUUUCAAUACAUGUUAUCAUUCAUCGGGUCAAUGACAAGUCAUAUCACGAAUAUUAGAGUUUGUCAUUUCAGAGUUUGUCAUGUACAGUAGCUACAGUAGAUUUCCUCAGGUAGUAUUGGCUGUCAUUUACUUUUUUAAGGGAUUACUAAUAGCUUACUGUAGCGACAGAUGUUAUUCAGACUAGCAAAAGCAAUAUUUAACCUGUUAUAUAUUAUAGAUGUCACUGGGGACAAAACAAAAUAAAGAAAACUUGUUCACUUGUGGUAAUAAAGUGACCCAGAAAAAGUUUAAAAAAAAAUAUUCCUCUGGAAAUAGUAGCUAAAUAUUUGAUAUGUUAAAAAGCUACCUAUAACAAUAAAUACAUGUUAUUGUACUAGUGUGAAAAAUAGCUCCUUUUACCUUUUAGAUGUCGAGUUCAAAAAGCCACAAAAGUAUGGGGGAUGGGGAAUGGAUGUCCCGUUUGAGGAGGUUUGCCAGCUCUGGGGUUUUGCCUGCUGAUGCAGGCAACAGGCCAGCCCCAAGACAGAAGAGGUGGUAUGACCUCUUUCAAAAGAUUGAGAAGUGCCCGUUGCAGUUACGUGGCCAAAGAAUGCUGUUUGGUGGGACACAGCAGUGUACUUGUGGCUUUCAUAACCCAAAGCCAACCACUGGACAAACUGUGGCAGAGACCUCUACCUGUGCUGCCCCUCCCCCACUGGGAACAGCCUCUACCUCAGCCUCUGCCUCUGCCCCUCCUCCACUGGGAAUGGCCUCAGCCUCUGCCUCUGCGUCAGCCCAUGUCCCAGCACGGCCCACACUGACUUUCUCCAUGUUUUCUAAACCACGAUUUGGAGGCUCACAUGGCGCUGCUGCAAAGCCCAAUGUGAAUGUGGUUAGGAAAGCAAAGUCUCUGUCCAGUCCACCCACCAUGACAGGAGACACCCAGGCCACUGCCAGCUCACCUACGGCCUCUGUGAGGACCACCCCACCAGGCUAUGCUGCUCCUGGCCCUGCUCCUGGUCCCACUCCUGACUUCUGGCUUCCUUCUGGCAAGCUGCGUUUGAACUUGAAGCUCUGGUAUGAGCCACCAGCCUCUGCCCUGAUUUACCACCAGGCUCCAACACCGGACCGUUUUUUUGCCCACAGGCUCUUGGUAUGGAUGCCCUAUCACUUGUGGAAAGUGAGGGUAUUCUGCCAAACCUGUGGGAAGCAGCUGACGGGGUAUGGUGUGCACAAGAGGGUGCGGAAGGUCCUGGACGUGGACCGGUACUACCUGAUGGUGACGGAGACACUCAGGUGCACUGUGUGUCGCCUGACCCAUCUGGCAACCAGUCAGGCUGUCCUGGACCAGCUGGACCUGCCUCACAGGAGGAAGUUCAGGAUGAUCCUGACACGCUUGUAUGCUUGUGACAUACGGGUCAUCCGCAUGUUGCGGGAACGGACCCUCGGCAACAGCCCGGCGUGCUUGGUGAAACAGCUGCGGGAGAACCAUGGGGAGGAGUGGUUGGACCGCCUGGCCGACUACUUGGGGGAGUGUGCGGCCUUUGUUGACCAGCCCAGCCUCUUCCCAGUCACCUGCCAGGAGCCUCCACAGCCACUCGAUGUCCCAACCAGCCGGUGGGUGCUGUCGGUGUACGGGAGGAACAUCAUCAGCCGUAUGGACCAUAUAAAGGCAUCCAUCACGUCAACCUUUGGGUCCAUUUUAAAAAUGGACUCCACCAAGAAGAUGACAAAGAAGCUGGCUGGUGCAGCAAAGGGGACUGCAUUCUGGGUGACCUCGGUGGGGAACGAGAUCGGCCAGGUCCUCGUCAGUGUCCUGACUGCCCAGGAGGGACCGGGGCCGGACCCGAUGGUCUCUGGUCUCAUUGAGAGGUACACCCAGGCAGGUGCAGCUCCCCCGGUCCUGCUCUAUGUGGACUGUGGCUGCUGCUCGGAGGAGGGGGAGACCAAGCUUCAGGCCAGGUUUGGUGGGUGGCCAGACCUGAAGAUAAGGCUGGACAUCUGGCAUUUUAUGCGGCGGCUGGCCAUGGGAUGCACCACCGAUGCCCAUGCCCUGUACCCCCUCUUUAUGAGCCGCCUGUCUGUGUGCCUCUUUGAGUGGGAUGCAGCGGACGUAGCCCUACUGCGCAGGGUGAAGAGGGAGCAGCUCAGAAGGGAGGGUGUGCCCCUCAUCACCAACGACAUGGUGGACAAGGCCAUCACCAAGGCUGAGCUGUCCCAGUUCUGCAGGCAGAGGACACGUGGAGUGGACGCAACGGUCCUCCGCAUUGAGCAGCUGCUGCAGGAGCUGAUGGGGGAGAAGGGGAGAGACCUGCUAGGAGUUCCGCUGCUGGACCAGGCAAAGAUGGAGCACAUCUGGCGCACCCAGAAGAGGCACGUGAAGUGCAUCCAGGAUGUGCCAGGUGUACUCCUGUACACGGAGACAGGCAGCUCCACCAGGGAGGGGAUCCAGCUGACCACGUACAGGUGUGCAAGAGGCUCCACCUCCUUGGAGUCCUUCCACUGCCACCUGAACAGGUUUAUUCCAGGAACGAGUGCAAACCUGCUCAACUUCCAGCUGUACCUCCUGGAAGGCCUGAACAGGUGGAACCAAAACCGGGCAGCGGCCUCCAUCACCACCAAGCGCAUGGCGCUGUUGACGUACGCGGGGGACGUGCUGGAGUCCGUCAACAGCAACAGCCUGAAGGUUUUUGGAAGGAAGUAUGUCCCCUCCUUCAUCCCGCCGAGAAAGUACACCGAAAGCAGCUCUUUCAUCACUGGCAUGUCCAACCUCACAUACGUACACCAGAGAGUUGAAGAGCAUGAGAAGAGCCACCUACACAGAAGUUGCGCUGAGGCAUAUUUCCUCAGAUCCUCAAGAAGCACGAUGCAGGACCUUCUCAUGGGACCUCAGAUGUCGCUUCACAGAGAGCAAGUCCGCAGGAAGCGACAAGUGUUGGAGCGCAUUAUAGAUGUGAUGAAGCUCAUCGGCAAAAGAUGUUUGAGCUACAGAGGCAAGCAGAAAGAGGCAGCAUACACACUUGAGGACGACACCAUUGACCAUGGUAACUUUUUGGAAAUUACAGUUUUACUGGGAAAGUAUGACGUCUGUCUCAAGGAACACCUCACUCUCUGCAUCAAAAAGAGCAAGCAGAUACACCAGUCUGGUUCAAGAAAAGGUAGAGGUGCCCUUGUCACUCUCCUAUCCAAAACGACCAUCGACUACAUCAUCACCACAAUUCAACGCCUAAUGAAAAGUACCAUCGCUGCUGAAGUCCGGAAAUCUGGAAUGUACUCGGUCCAGAUCGACACCACACAGGACAUGACAGCCCAAGAUCAAGAGUCCUACCAGAGGAUGAAUAUCUGUGAAAAGGAGAGCAAAGACCCAAGACACAGACGUCUCACCUCGAUAGGAGAAACGCACUGGUGGUCCAAAGAUGCAGCUAUGACAAUGGUGUUUGGCUCUUUUGGAAAGCCAGACGGGGCCCUGUGUUUUGAUGUCCUCCACACCCUCUCAGCCAUUCAAGAUGGAGAGACCAUCAAUGCCACAGCACGAGUAAAUGCACAGGGAUACAUCGGCCAGCUUUUGAAGUAUGAGACUAUAACAGCUCAGAUCUUCCUGCGAAUAUUCCAGGUCACGUCACCCGUCUCAAAAUACCUACAGACAAGUGGAAUGGACAUCCUGACAGCUCAUCGGAUGGUUGCGGCUGCAGAAGCAGAGCUGAAGGAUAUGACCAGAGAUUUUCAGAGUGUCAAGACAGCGGCCGACAAAUUUGUCCAGUGGGCCAACAAUACACUACAAGAGCAGAGUGAGGAGACUGAGCUGGAGACCACUCUGCCACAGAAACGGGGAAGAAGGAAGAAAUCCAUGCCUGGAGAGAUGUCCCGAGAUGAGGCUGUGACUGAUGCCGAAACAUCUUCCAAGAUUGAGGUCCACAAUGGAAUCAUGGACACAGUCGCAGGAAGCAUGCACCAGCGUUUCCUGAAGAAUGGCACUUUGUAUGCUGAUCUGGCACUUCUGGACCCGAAAAACAUCAGCCAGGUUACAUCUUACGGCGAAAGUUUCCCAGAGGCAGCACUCCAAGAGUUGAGUAAGUGUUUGCUGCCAUUUGAUGACACAGCAACAGAGGCCGAGUUACAAAGCGAACUCAAAAUUCUGGCACGACAGUGGGAUAGGCUGAAGGCAUCAGUAUUUGAUGAGUACACAACCAAGACAACAGAACCCGGGCCUGAAGAUACUGAAGAUGAGGCAGAGAUAGUAUACAAAAAGUGCUCAUCUUGCAAGGACUGUCCAAUCUGUUGCUACCGAGUUCUGAAGCAGUACAACGUCCUGACAGAUGCAUACCACAUCAUAGGCCUAGCAUAA